CCUAUGAUCCAGCAGCAAGACCUUUGAGCUACAAUGGUGCCGCCAAAGAACACGGUGUACGUCGGGGAACUGCCGAAGGACUUCCUUCGGAUCACCCCGACUGUGCAGCAGCAGCAGGUGCAGAUUGAUGCUCAAAAGGCGCAGGAGAUGCAGUUCGACGGGAACAUGAACUCCCCCGGCCGGAUCAGCAUCACCGUGGUUCAGGGUAAACUGGCUAAAAACUACGGCAUGACACGGAUGGACCCGUACUGCAGGAUCCGGCUGGGCUAUGCGGUCUACGAGACGCCCACGGCGCACAACGGAGCCAAAAACCCACGCUGGAACAAAGUGAUCCAGUGCCCACUGCCCCCUAAUGUGGACUCCUUCUACCUGGAGAUCUAUAAUGAGAGGGCGUUUUCAAUGGACAACUGCAUCGCCUGGACUCAUGUCACGAUUCCAGAGAAUCUAAAGAAGGGUCUAGUGGUGGAUGAGUGGUUCACCCUGAGUGGCAAAAAGGGCGAUGAUAAAGAGGGCAUGAUCAACCUAGUCAUGUCCUAUUCUUCCCUGGCAGCAGGAAUGGUGAUGCCAUCCAAGCCCGUAGUCCUAAUGCCCACAGUUAACCAGCAGGGCGUCGGCUGUGUUCCCAUCCCAGGAGUGCCCGCUGUACCAAGCGUCUACAACCAGGGCGUGAUGCCCAUGGGAAUGCCCAGCAGCGCCCCCCAGCAGCCGUUGUACAGCGAGCAGGACCUGAGGGCCCUGGGCGACAUGUUUCCCGACGUGGAGAAGGAGGUGAUCCGAAGCGUGAUGGAGGCGCAGCACGGGAACAAGGACGCCGCCAUCAACUGGCUGCUGCAGAUGGCCGAGGAGGUUUAAACCCGCCCGCGGCGCUCGCUCGGGUACAUGCCAAGUCCUCACGUGUAGCACUUUCAUCAGUUUUCCUGAAAUAUGUCCAUCAUGUUGAAAGUCUCACCGUCGCUGAACUGAGUCGGAUCGUUGAAAUAAUUUCACUGAAACUGAGAGACUCAUGUUCUGUACAUUAUUAUUGAUUCUAAUUCAUGUUCAGUAUUUUUUGUAUUUGUAGUUUUAUUUGGUUCGCUCUGGACGAGCUCGUCUGUAAAGGCGCAUUCCCGUGUCUCGACCACGCGUCUGUAUAAAUUCAGCUCAAUCUAUAAAAGCAUAGAAAUAUAUUUAAUGGAUUGUAUAUAAUCAGAUGAAUAAUAAAGUUCUAUUUCCAGAAA